CGUUUCCCUGUCCUCAGCCCCCGGCCCCCCCUCUUUCCCCUUCAAGAAGCCGGCUCCGGGGCGCGCUCACCCAGUGAGGAGGCCGGACUCGGGAGGCGCCCUCUCGCACUCCCGGAAGAUCAUGUACCCGCCCAGUCGGGGGGCGGCCAGGCGUCUCGGCCCCUGCCUCCGCGCCUACCAGGCUCACCCCCAGGACCAGCUUUCUCCACGGGCUCCACCCAUCCCACCCCUUUGGCCUCACUCCACCACCACCACUUCUCCGUCUUCUCUUCUCUGGUCUCCCUCACCCUCACGCCCUCCUACUUGGCUGCUUCCAAGACCUUCCCCACUACCUCUCCCGUCAGUGCAGGCCCUUAGCUCACCAUGGGUCGUUCUCCCUCCAGGAAAGGGGGAGGAGGGGCCAGGACCUGAGUUGCAUAGUGGCUGCCUGGAUGGGCUUAGGAGCCUAUUUGAGGGACCUCCCUGCCCCUACCCUGGGGCUUUGAUACCUUUCCAAGCCCCUGGGACUGCCCACCCGUCCCCUGCCACUCCGUCAGGAGAUCCAAGUAUGGAGGAGCACCUGGCUGUCAUGUAUGAGAGACUGAGACACGAGCUUCCCAAUAUCUUCCUUCACUCACACGACUACAGUCUCUACUCAUCGGAUGUGGAAUUCAUCAACGAGAUCCUGAAUAUACGAACCAAGGGCCGGACAUGGUAUAUUUUGUCGCUGACACUCUGCCGCUUCCUAGCCUGGAACUAUUUUGCACAACUUCGGUUGGAUGUUUUACAGCUGACCCGCCACCCUGAGAAUUGGAGCUUGCAGGCCCGCUGGCGGCUCGUGGGGCUGCCCAUUCACAUGCUCUUUCUGCGUUUCUACAAGCGCGACAAGGAAGAGCUUUACAGGACCUAUGACGCCUAUUCCACCUUUUAUCUGAAUUCCAGCGGCCUCAUUUGUUGCCAUCGCCUAGACAAACUGAUGCCCUCACAUUCACCCCCAACGCCUGUGAAGAAGCUGCUAGUGGGAGCCCUGGUGACUCUGGGGCUGUCAGAGCCAGAACCCAACUUAAACCUGUGCCCCAAAGCCUGACCUAGGAACUGGGGUGGAGGCAGCACUGAAGACCUUGGCUAUAUGCACAAGAGGAGGACGUGGAGGCGGCCAAGAAUCUCAGGAGCCAACUUCUUCCCCUCUUCUCUUUCCAUCUCAUGCUGUGUAAAGCUGCUGUGUAAUUUAAUUUGUAAAUAAUAAAGUUUAAGUGAAUAUAUGA